GGGAAUUUGAAAGUCCCCAUGCAGUGACAUUGUAAUCUCUCGAUCAUCUUGCGCAAAUACAACAAGACACAAAAGAAAACCACGCAACCAGCAUGUCGGCAUUGCAGACUUUCCUGCUGGUCGUGGACCACGAUAAGCAGGAGGCCAAGCAGAUUGCUGAACGAGUUGCUCAAGAUGUGGAGAAUAAGAAGACGACACUCAUCGAAGUCGUGCAGUCGCUAGGGGAAUACAUCAACGAUGACGAUCCAAUUCUUCGCGGCAAAGCGGUCUCCUACCUCACUGCGAUCAUCAAGGAGCUGCCCGCCAAGUUCCUCUCGAGGCAACAGAUUCAGGUUCUGACGACUUUCUUCUGUGACCGGAUUCAGGAUGGAGGGGCGGUUGCGGGGCUGGAGACGUUGCAGAAGCUGGACCGGUUCAACAAGCCUCUGGCUGAAGAGGUUGCUCGGGCGAUCUUUGAACAAUUUCAGGAGCUGCAGUCUCGUUCCCAGUCUCAACGAUUCCAAGUGUAUCAGUUGCUGAACGAAUUGAUGCUGAAUUAUCGUGGCGCACUUCAUGAUAUGGGUGAUGAGUCUCUGGUUGGAAUUGUGGAUCUUGUUACCGGCGAGAAGGAUCCUCGCAAUCUGAUGAUGGUGUUUUCCAUACUCAAAGUGGUCAUGGUGGAAUGGGACAUCUCCAACCAUGCGGAGCUGCUGUUUGACUCGGCCUACAAUUACUUCCCCAUCACCUUCAGACCCCCACCAAACGACCCGUAUGGCAUCACGGCUCAAGAUUUGAAGGACCGCCUGCAGGACUGCAUUUCCUCAAACAGUCUCUUUGCUCCGCACUCUAUCCCUUCUUUGCUGGAUAAGAUGGACUCGACCUCACCAAAUGUCAAGAGAGACGCUCUCAAUGCUUUGAUCGCCUGUAUUGAGUCGUAUGACCCUAACACGGUGUCCCGCUAUUCCAUCACGAUAUGGGAGACCCUGAAGUUCGAGAUCCUCAACGCCCAGGAAGAGUUCCUCUCCGAACUGUCCCUCCUGGUGCUGAAGGGUAUUGCUAAGCGUUUGUCAGAGGGUGUCUCGCAGAUCUCUGAUCAGCUGCCUCUUGCACAAUAUUUGCGCCCCAUCACCAAAGAGUGUAACGAGCAACUGCGGGAGCCCCAACAGAAGCAGGCAAAGCCUGCUCAGCAGAUCCUCAGCGCUAUCUCCUCUGCUUCCGCUCCCGCGUUCACACUAAUAAUCCAGGCAGUCGUGGCACCGCUCUUGACUAUUUACCAAGAGGCUGACGGCAUCGCCAAGCAACGAGCUCUCCUGGAUACACUCAGUGUUCUCUUUGACUCCUCUAUCAAGGUGUUCGGUGAAUGGACCUCGCGUGACGCAGAGGUUGCUUUCGAGAACCCCCUAUUGGAGUUUAAGGAUCAGUUCUCCGAGAUCUUCGGCCAGGCAUUGAUGGGUGCUAUCAAGGAAGAGGUUUCGUUCCGCAUCUCUGCGUUGAAGGGAUUUUUGCGCUUGUCGGUUCUGCGCGACUUCUUCCAAGACAACGAGAUUGGCUUGUUUGUGCAGUAUCUCGACGAGAUCCUCCUGAAGGAGGAGUCUGUUGGCCGUGACGACCUCAAGAAGGAGGCGAUCGUUGCUCUGACGGAAAUCUCCAAGCACAAGCCUCGUUUAAUCCUGGACAUCACGUUCCCUGCGUUUGUGGCCACGCUCCCUGACUUGAUCGAAGCGGACAGCGGCUACAUGAACACCCUCGACGUGCUUGCAAAGAUCAGUGUUGAGAAGGAUAUUUUUGAGACCCUGGUUCGAAGAUUGCUCAGCAAGCUGAGCAUUCUGCUGCAACAGGAGCAAUCGGGCUCCGUGGAGUACCCACGCGCCAUCCUCCUCACUAUUCUCUACGUUAUGAACCAGAGAAAGAUGGAGGAAGACCCGAACCUGGAGUUCUACUAUGACAAGAUCGUGGUCAGCCUGUGCCGCAGCGCUGCGGUGACUGCUACCUCAACCACGACGUCAAACAACAUCCUCCGCGACGCCACCGUCCUUGACAUCCUCGGACGCGUCUGCAACCUGCUGGUCCGAGCUCUACCCAGAAACAAGCAGGACGAGAUCGCGCAGAAUGUCUAUACUCUCUUCACAUCGGCCGAGGAGUUCCAACCGGUGCCCUUCGCGCCGUCGCCCAGCGCCGACCAGAAGCGUACGAUGAUCCUGUCGACCUUCAUCCUCGCGGGGCUCCCAGCCGACGUGCAGAACCUGCCCUACACCACCAACCCCAACAUGUCCGCCCUCCUCACGGACAUCGCCACCCGGGCUACUGGCGAGACGGAGCUGGCGACCCAGUAUGCCUUCCUGCGGCACCUGGCUCUCCUGGCCAACAAGUUCCUCCCCAAGUCCGACCUCCCGCUCGCGUCGGACCUGUUCUACACCCUCCUGCCUCCCGGCAGCGAAACCAGCGAAGUAGUCCCCGGCACGAUCCACGCCGUCUUCUGGCUCUCCAAGGGCCUCAUCCUCCGCCUCGCCCCAACGACCACCCAACUCCUCACCUCCCUCCUCACCCUCGUCUCGUCCCCCGACGAAGCAACCAGCCUCACCGCCGCGCGCAGCUUCUCCAUCCUCCUCCGGGAUGACGAGAUCCUCUCCGCCACCAACGGCGCCAACAUCCGCCUCCUAAGCAAACAACGCGUCUUCACCACCCUAACCCCACUCAUCUCCUCGCGCAUACGCGAAGUCAACAUCUCCUCUUCCACCUCCAGCCCCCCGCAAGAAACCCAACACAUCAAACCCGCCCACCUCACCGCGCUAAGCGGCAUCCUCUCGACCAUAACCCCAGACCUCGUCCUCCCCGAACUCCCCACCCUCCUCCCGCUCCUCCUCCAAUCCCUCGACCUCCAAACCGCAAACUCAACCCCCGUCCGCCUCGCCACCCUCGCCACCCUGGCCGUCAUAAUCCGCGACAACGGCGUCCCCGUCAUCGACAAAUGCGGCCACGUCCAGAGCCUCGUCACCCGCCUCCUGGCCACAGCGGCCAUCACCCGGGCCAACCACCACCCAAAGCUGCGCGUCGACGCCCUGACCUGCCUGUACCUGCUCGCGCAGGCGCCCACGGACGCCCCCGCACUGGCCCGCGCCGGCCGCCUCUCGCCGCUCCUGGCCGUCAAGAGCCAGGUGGUCCGCGCGCUGCGGGCGGUGCUGGACGAUCCGCGCCGGGACGUGCGCAAGGCGGCGGUCGAUGCGCGCGCCGCGUGGCUGCGCGGCGUCGAUGAUGCGCCCGAGGAGGAGGAUUGA